CACCUUAUAGCUAUAGUCAGCUGAGCAUCAUGCCGGUCAUAGACAAGAUCAAAGAGGUCUUCCAUUCGAAGAAACCUCAUCGAUCAGACACUGCUCCUACAAUCCCAGCAGAAAAUGAAGGAGAGGCCACUCCUUACCUCCCCACAGAACCAGUGUUCGAUGAUUCUAAAGUCAUCGUCAUCUUCGUCCUCGGUGGUCCGGGAGCGGGAAAGGGAACUCAAUGCGAAAGACUUGUGAAAGAUUAUGGUUUCGCUCAUCUUUCCGCUGGAGAUCUCUUACGUGCUGAACAAGAUCGUCCAGGAUCCACUUAUGGUGAUUUAAUUAAAGAUUACAUAAGGGAAGGUAAGAUUGUACCUAUGGAAGUGACUGUCAAGUUAUUGGAAAACGCAAUGAGAGUGUCUCUAUCCAAUCCCCCAGUCACUUCUGGUCCUUUGGCGGAACAUUGGAAGAAUGGUAAAGGAAGGUUCCUGAUCGACGGAUUCCCAAGGAAGAUGGAUCAGGCUUUGAAGUUUGAUGAAGCUGUAUGUAAAUCAUCCUUCGUGUUAUUCAUCAAUACCACAGAAGAAGUCAUGCUCGUCCGUCUUCUUGAGAGGGGUAAAACAUCAGGAAGGGCGGAUGAUAAUAAAGAAUCCAUCGUGAAACGUUUCCGUACAUUCGUAGAAACCUCUAUGCCUGUAGUGGAUUAUUAUCGAGCUCGAGAAAAAGUCGUCGAAAUCGACUCUUCUCCUCCGGCCGAUGUGGUGUAUGACAACGUUAGAGUUGCAAUCGACGAACGUCUUCCUGAUUCUCCCACUUACUUGGGUCAAUCUACUUCCACGACAUUCACCACUCCCACACCUAUCGUGUCCACCACACCUUCUUCUCAGUCUGCUCCAGCUGGUCUCACCCAUCAAGUCGAAUUGGGUCAAGCUUGA